AUCAAAUUCGUAAACAAAGGGAACGUAGUUUUGAAAUUUUCAGAUCACGAUUGUUUGAUUCAGUCAUAAACAAUGUCUUGUUCAUCGUCGUCGGCGUCGGAGGAUGACGAUGAAGGAUUCGAUUCUUACCGAAAGGGAGGGUACCAUGCCGUGAGAGUCGGCGAUUCAUUUUCCGGUGGCCGAUAUAUCGCUCAACGAAAACUCGGAUGGGGAGAGUUUUCCACCGUUUGGCUCGCUUAUGAUACUCAGUCAUCCGGUUUUGUUGCCUUGAAGAUCCAGAAAAGUGCACCACAAUUUGCUCAAGCAGCUCUUCAUGAAAUUGAAGUCCUUUCUGCGAUUGCCAAUGGUGAUCAAUCUAACAGUAAAUAUGUUGUAUGGCUUAUUGACCAUUUUAAGCACACAGGCCCUAAUGGACAGCACAUAUGUAUGGUUUUUGAAUUUCUUGGUGAUAGCUUAUUGCGGCUUAUCAAGCAUAAUCACUAUAAGGGCCUUGAACUGAACAAAGUUAGGGAAAUAUGCAAAUGUGUUUUGACUGGUUUAGAUUAUUUGCAUGGGGGGCUUGGAAUUGUUCAUACAGAUUUGAAACCUGAAAAUAUUCUUUUACUUACCACGAUUAAUGCCACAAAAGAUCCCAUUAGAUCCGGAAUGACUCCCAUACUUGAAAGGCCUGAGGGGAACCCUAAUGGAGGAGUAACAAUGAAUAUCAUUGAGAAAAAGCUAAAGCAAAGGGCAAGAAGAGCAGCAGCUAGGAUAUCAGGAAGACGUUCUUCAAUGGGUGGGGUAGGAGGGACUCCAAAAUCAAAUAGAUCUCUUGAUGGGAUAGACUUGAGAUGCAAGGUUGUGGAUUUUGGAAAUGCAUGCUGGGAGGAUAAGCAAUUUGCACAAGAAAUUCAAACAAGACAGUACAGAUCCCCUGAAGUUAUACUUCAAUCUGGAUAUUCAUUCUCUGCUGACAUGUGGUCUUUGGCUUGUAUAGCAUUUGAGCUUGCUACUGGUGAGAUGAUGUUCACUCCCAAAGGUGGAGAAGGUUUCAGCGAAGAUGAGGAUCAUCUAGCUAUGAUGAUGGAGUUUCUAGGAAAGAUCCCUCGGAAGAUAGCCGUAGGUGGGGCUAGAUCCAAAGAUUACUUUGACAGGCACGGAGAUUUGAAGAGGAUCCGUAGACUGAAAUAUGGUUGUCUAGAUAAAUUACUAGUUAACAAGUAUAGAUUUUCUGAAAGUGAUGCUCAUGAGUUCACGGAAUUUCUCAGUCCUCUUCUUGAUUUUGAGCCAGAGAAACGACCAACUGCUGAGCAGUGCUUGCAGCACCCAUGGCUCAACUUUAAAAACCAAAAGCAAACAGAGGUGAAGAAUGAAUCAGGUGUGGAAAGGGUUAAUGUCGGUAUGAGCAAGCUACAAAUUAAGGUGGGUAAGUAAUGUUGGGAUGAAUAGUUUUGUCACUACUUAUGUCCCACUCUCCACCUGUAUCAGUGCCACUUGUGGUUUAAUUUUUUGGAUUGUUUUAGUUUCUUAGUAAGAUUUGAUUCAUUCAUUAGUAGUUUUGGAUGAUCAUGAUGGGGAAAUGACUUCCAAAAGAGAAAUUGACCUCACUCCAGAUUCAUGGUUCUAGUGAAGUUGACUGUCAUUGAAGGAAUGAUUCCUUCUUUCCCAUGAUAAAGUAGUUGCCCGUGUUCUGUUGAG